GCCAGAGCCCGGGCCACACCAUGCGCGAGCGCGUUCCCUGACUGCUGCCACCGCCGCCGCCAUGUCCUCCUACGCCGAAAUCCCGGACCAGGAAUGUCUGCGGGAGCGAAAGUGGUGGUGCUUCCUCGUGUCGUCCAUCUGCACGUUCGUGGCGGGAAUUCUGACGGUGCUGCUAUGGCGCGCGGCCAGCUUCAUCUGCUGUCGGCCCAAAGCGCGGCCCGAGUACUCGCAGAGCGCCAAGGAGCCGAGGCCGGCGGCGCUGCCGGCCGGGCAGAAGCCCCAGUUCGAGGGCAGCUUCGUGUCCGAGGCCAAGGACUGGGCUGGCGAGCUCAUCUCCGGCCAGACCACCACCGGAAGGAUCAUGGUGGUGCUGGUGUUCAUCCUCAGUAUCGCGUCACUCGUCAUCUACUUCAUCGAUGCGUCCAACGUUGGGAUAGCGGUGACGAGCGGUGGUGUGGCCGGCCGGCCGGCGCGCCAGCACCGCGAGGGCGUGGAGCAAUGCAUCCGCUGGAGCAGCAAUGCUACGCAGCAGAUCGAUCUCGCGUUCAACAUAUUUUUUAUGGUGUACUUUUUUAUUCGCUUCAUAGCAGCGAGCGACAAGUUGUGGUUCAUGCUGGAGAUGUACUCCUUCGUGGACUAUUUCACAAUUCCACCGUCGUUCGUCUCUAUCUACCUGAACAGGACCUGGAUAGGACUGCGUUUCCUACGCGCGCUGCGUCUGAUGACGGUGCCGGACAUCCUGCAGUACCUCAACAUCUUGAAGACGUCCAGCUCCAUCCGGCUGGCGCAACUCUGCUCCAUCUUCAUCGCCGUCUGGCUCACCGGCGCCGGCACCAUCCAUCUGCUGGAGAACUCGGGUGACCCGCUGGAGUUCGACAACCCUCAGCAGCUGAGCUACUGGACCUGCGUCUACUUCUUGAUCGUCACCAUGUCUACGGUCGGCUACGGUGACGUCUUCUGCAAGACGGUGCUGGGCAGGACGUUCCUAGUUUUCUUCCUGCUGGUCGGAUUGGCAAUAUUCGCGAGCUGUAUCCCCGAAAUUAUUGACCUGGUCGGCAACAGGUCAAAGUAUGGAGGUACAUUGAAGAACGAACGAGGACGGAGACACAUCGUGGUAUGCGGCCACAUCACCUACGAGUCUGUCUCACACUUCCUCAAGGACUUUCUGCAUGAGGACCGGGAGGACGUGGACGUGGAGGUAGUCUUCCUUCACAGAAAGCCUCCUGAUUUGGAAUUAGAAGGACUGUUCAAGCGGCAUUUCACCACAGUGGAGUUCUUUCAAGGGAGCAUUAUGAACCCGAUUGAUCUCCAGAGGGUGAAGAUCCACGAUGCGGAUGCCUGUCUGGUUCUGGCAAAUAAAUAUUGUCAGGAUCCUGACGCAGAAGAUGCGGCCAACAUCAUGCGCGUGAUCUCCAUCAAGAACUACAGCGAUGACAUCCGGAUCAUUAUUCAGCUGAUGCAGUAUCACAACAAGGCGUACCUGCUGAACAUUCCCAGCUGGGACUGGAAGCGCGGCGAUGACGUCAUUUGUUUGGCGGAGCUGAAGCUAGGCUUCAUUGCACAGAGCUGCCUGGCACCGGGCUUCUCCACCAUGAUGGCCAACCUGUUCGCCAUGCGCUCCUUUAAGACGUCUCCGGACACGCAAGCCUGGCAGAAUGACUACCUGCAGGGAACAGGCUGCGAGAUGUACACAGAAACGCUCAGUCCCUCGUUUGUGGGCAUGACAUUCCCCAUGGCUUCAGAAUUGUGCUUUACGAAGCUGAAGCUGCUGCUGCUGGCGAUCGAAGCUCGCGGUGACGAUGGAGCCGACAACAAGAUCGCCAUUAACCCCCGCCACAUCAAGCUGCAGCCGAACACGCAGGGCUUCUUCAUCGCCCAGUCGGCGGACGAGGUCAAACGGGCCUGGUACUACUGCAAGUCGUGCCACGAGGACAUCAAGGAUGAGACCCUCAUCAAAAAGUGCAAGUGCAAAAACUUGGCCCUGUUCCGCAAGGGUGUGCGUGCUGUGCAGAUGGUGGGACGAGCAACGGAAAAGGUGGACUCCAACGGGUUGGCGCUGUCGAACCAGAACAGCACGGCGGCGGUGAAGGCCUCGCCUAGCGGCGGCCUGCUGGAGGCGGCCAAGCAGCUCACCAAGAUCAACAAGAACGGGUCGGACAUCAGCUCCCAGGUCCAGGGAUACAACAGCGUGGGGUCGCUUGAAGGUCAGCAUCACAACAGCGCGCAAUGCAACGGGAUAUUGAUUAACUCGGACAAUGCUGGUUUCGUGGAUUUCAAGUCCCCGUACUAUGGUUCAUUUGAGCGUUCCAACAUGUAAGUUUUCUGAAUUUACUAUAUUUUUGUUUUCGCUUACUUUCAAGAGCUGGUGUCGGACGUUUGUUGGAAAAAGGCGAGUUUGGCGAACAAAUUGAAAUAUUGGUUUGCAGGCAUGGACCAGUGUCGCGCAUGACGUCUUGGUGUGUAUGACCUCAUACGGAAACCAGCUAUGGUAUUCAGGUCGGAACUGGGUGGCCGUGUUUAUUUCCUUACCAUCAUUUAUCAAUUAUUUUCGGGUAAAAUUGUUUUCCGCGAACUGAUGCACUGAUAGAAUUGUGGGAUGAUAUUUUUUUUGUAGACAGACCAUACUUUUGAAUUGCUUUAAUUCCAAAUGAGUUCCUGCAAAAACUCCCGAAAUUUGUUU